AUGAAGUGUGGCAUUGCGGGGCCUCAUGUCAGAGUAUUUGGACGGGCCAUAUAUGCCUUAGCACGAAUCAGUGAUGAAUUCUGGUUUGAUCCUAUUGAAAAAGGACUUUUCCUAAGGUCAGUAAAUUCUUCUCGAUCAGCAUAUGCCUGUGUCUUCUUUUCAUCUAUGUUCUUUCAACACUAUUCAUGUAGAAAUGCACCUGAGCUUUGUCUAAAUGAAAACAGUGUACGACUUAAGUGCAAAUUAACAAUAAAGGCAAUUCUACCUGUAUUUAGAUGCUGUAAUAGUUUGGAAAAGAAUGUAGAUAAAUGCAACAUUUAUAUAAACAUUAAAGACUGCCAUAUUAUUUUUCAACUUUUCUGCAAACAUGGCAUUGUGAAAACUCAUAACUUAUCUUUUCAAGAAUGUGAACCUUUGCAAGCUGUGUUUACAAAGCGACUGUGCCCCAAUGUACUGAGGGUACAUUCAAGGCAGCUGUCUGAAAUAUUGAUUCAUUUCCCAACAUAUCAAGAUGAAGUAACGUUAUCUGUAAUGCCUCUGAAAGCUUGUUUCAAGACUUAUGUUGAAGAUGAAAUGGAUUUUGCAAAGGCAAUGCAUACUGAGAUACAUCUUGAGCCAGAGGAAUUUGAGUAUUUUAAAGUUGGAGUAAACGCUGAAAUCACAUUUUGCCUUAAAGAGCUAAGGGGACUGCUGGCUUUUGCAGACACUCUCAGUACUUCAGUCUCUGUACACUUUGAUGUUUCUGGAAAGCCAGUCGCUUUCAGCAUUGAGGAUAUGAUGGUGGAAGCUAAUUUUGUUUUGGCUACCUUAGCAGAUAUUGAAAACAAGGAAUCCUCUCAUCAAUCUCCACUCCUCUCACAACGCCAGAAAAGGAGUCCUGCAUCAGAGAGAAGCAAUAGAAGCAUCCUCAUUUCCAGCACUGACAUUAUAGAUCCAAAGCUCACAACUACAGCAAAGGAUACCAUGAAUAUGGAGGAAGUUGUGCCAACUCAUGCUGAUUAUAUUAAGUUUCAGUCUUUGUUCUUUGGGGCAGUGUCAUCCAAGGAGCAACGUAUCACUGGCAUAUUCCAUAGUUUAGCAACAGCAAGUGACAAUGAAGAGGAUUUUGGCAACGGACAAAUUUCCCAAACAUUUUAACAGUACAAAGUAUCUACCAAUCUACUAAUAGGGAUGGAUAAUUAUUAAAUAGUAUUCAAAUGCCAAGUGUGUAGCAAAGUUGAGCAUCUGUUAGUGUUAGGUUUAGUAAAAACAUUGAAUCCCACUACUUUAUAUUGUUAAUGAAAGUUUCUGGAUUAUGUUGUAUUACUUAUUAUAGUCUCCCAUUCCUAUCAGAUUAUGUACAUUUUGCCAUGUUUGCCUUUACAAGCACGUAUUGCAACGUUUUAUGACUUUUCCCCCAUUGGAGAAUAUACAAGGACACCUAAUUCACCACCCAUUAAUCCAAAAACUGAAAAACUGUUCAAAGGCAUUUUUAAAAAGAUGGGAAUUGAUUAGAAGUCUUCCCCCCUCUUUUUAGAGAUGCAUACAUUCUUCCAGAAGAGAGAAUACAUUUGGCUGUUUCAGCCCUGGUAACAGGCAGUUACCCACAGCAACCUAACAAAGCAACUAGUCACACACUGCUCCACAAGCUCUGCUUUUCUUUAAGAGGUACUUCCCUCCAACCCCCACAGGGAAGGAAAAUAG